AUGGCUGUCAAAGUCAGCAACAGUCUAUCACCAUUUUAUGUAGAAUUAGCUAAAAAGAAUCUGUCAGAAAAUCCAGCACAUGUCCAAGCACAUUUGACUGCUUUUAAACGAUGGUUAAGCUCAUGUCAACACUUAACAAUACCUCAAGAUGAUGCUUUCUUGCUUGGUUUUCUACGUUAUGCACAUUAUGAUCAUUCGGUUGCACAGAAACGCAUUGAUAAUUUCUGCAGUGUACGUUGUUUAAGUAAACAUGGGAUUACAGAAUGGUAUAAGUAUCCAAAAUUAACUGAUCCGAUUGUAGACGUAUAUCUAGAUGCCGGCAUUUUUGUUCCAUUGGGUAUCGUAGACAGUGGAGUACACAUGUUUAUACUAAGGUUGAAGGCUUGGCAAUCUGAUCGUUUAUCACAAACACAAAUGAGAGCUUUGAAUAAUAUGAAUUUUGAACGUUUUAUUUUCGACGAACAAUGUCAAAUUGGAGGAGUCGGUAUUUUCAUUGAUUUAUCAGGAACAACAGCUAAACAAGUCAGUGAAUGGACUGACCCAAGAACAGCGAAAAGCUCAAUGAAAUUAUUACAGGAAGCUACUCCUGGACGUACUAAACAUCUUAUAUUUUAUAAAGAAUCGAAAGCAUUCGAUAUAGGUUUCAAAAUUUUUGAAUUUUGGUUAAGUGAUAAAAUGCGACAACGAAUUAUAAGAAUUAAAGAUGACACGGAAAAAGCUUUCAAAAAGAUACCUGGUUUGAAACAAAUCAUGCCAGAAGAAUAUGGAGGGUGUAAUGGUCCAGUUAAAGAUUUAAUUGCUUUAGAUAAAAAAAACUUCAAGACAUUUUAUUCAAACGCAUGUUGCCUAAGUUCUAUAAAAGUCGAUGAAUCUAAACGUCCACUUUCCGCUCAGAAUUACAUGCGCGAAUAUAAAGAUAUUGAAGGUACUACAAUGGGUAGUAAAGGCACAUUUAUUUCACUUAAUCCUGAUGAUUAAUGACCUACAAUUGUUGAUUAGUUAACAUUGAAUAAAAGACAAUGAUAUUUUCCAUUUCUCUUUUGCCUACUUCAUUUAUUUUCUUUAAACUUGAUCGAACUAUUCUAAAUCUCUAUAGAGAAGAAUGGCUUCAAUUGAAUUUGUUAUGAUUUUAAAAUACUAUUCACUUCAAAAUAGACUGACAUUAUUGGAGUACAGUUGUUUUAAUAUCUCAGAAACGUUUAUCAACAUUAAACACAAGUAACGAUUUGUACAUGUCAUAAUGAUUAUCUAUUUCUAUCUAAUUAUUGACACCUUC